CACUGAGAAAAAUCUUUCCAAACAAAUUUCAAUUAAUCAAUCGUGAGAACGCAGCAGGAGUUUAGUCACAAUGGCUUUUGUGCAGCAUGUACUGUUUGAUUCGGCCCUUCCAGGGUCCAUCAGGCAGAGGGCCUUGGACCGGAUCUAUGCUGAUCCUGGCAUUCCGGUUAAUGAAGGCACCACCUCUUCUUUCUGGCUGCAGACACCUCAUCCAACACUGUCGAAGAUACAAUUGUCCAAUUUACCAUCAUCGGCUGACACGGUGAUCAUUGGCUCCGGUAUUACAGGUGCAUCUGUUGCGCGGACCCUAUUACAAUGUCGGGAACGAAAUUCCUCAAUCCCGUCUUCCGAGAACGAGCCGUCGGUGGUCAUGCUCGAAGCACGAGAUAUAUGCAGUGGCGCGACAGGACGCAACGGUGGGCACAUUCUCGAAACGGCAGAUGACUAUGUACAUCUUGCAAACGAUUUCGGAGAAGAUGCGGCAAAGAAGAUAAUGAAAUUCCGUCUUGCCCAUUUGCAAACCAUCCUGGACGUCGCUGAUGAACUCAUGAUCCGCGAAGAAUGCCAAGCUCGAAAGGUGCAAUUUCUUAGUGUUUAUUUUGAUGAGGAGACGUGGGAGAUGGCCAAAGAGCGGCUAAGCAGGUUCAAAGAAGCAAUGCCAGAGGAGUCUGCCGACUGGCUGCUAUAUGAAGACAUAAUCCCUGAAGAAUUCCAUCUGCCAGCUGCACGAGGGGUAAUUGCAGGUCCAGCAGGCGCUAUAUGGCCGUACAAAUUUGUCACUGGCGUUUUGGACAGUUUGCGACGGCAGUUUCCCCAUGAUUUGCACAUCGAGACAAACACACCCGUGCAAGACAUCAUAACCUCUUCAGAAGAGUCCCGUUGGCCGUUUUCGGUCGUCACAACCCGUGGAAUUAUUAAGUGCAGACAUCUCGUGCACUGCACAAAUGGUCACAUCAGUCAUCUUGUUCCAGGAUUCCGCGGCCGUAUUUACCCAGUGCGUGGUCAGAUGUCAGCCCAGAGUCCCGGAGACAAGUUUCCUGCGUACGGUAUGAAACACUCGUGGCUGUUGAAUUACGACCGUGGGUUUGAUUACUUGACCCAGCUUCCGCACGACCACGCUGAAUCCAACGCAGAGAUGAUGCUCGGAGGAGGCUUUGCUCAGGGUAAAAACGGUGGUGUUGAUGACUUAGGUAUUUCGCAUGACUCCGAGCUCUGUCUAUAUAUCGACAUCCAUCUUAGUGGAGCGUUAGCUGCUGUAUUCGGCCAUCAGAACUGGGGCAAGACCAGCGGACAGUCGGUGAAGAACAUGUGGACUGGAAUUAUGGGGUUCAGUGCAGAUGGCAUGCCGUGGGUUGGUAAGCUACCAUCCUCAUUGACUGAUCGGUCCCAUGAUCGCAACGAAGGCAAUGCCGCUCACGGCGCAGAAUGGGUUUCAGCAGCCUUCUCAGGUGAGGGCAUGGUGCAGGCCUGGCUUUGCGGGAAGGCUCUUGGGUUGAUGAUUCUGGAUCACGAUGGCAAACAAAGUACAGGUGAAUCUGCCGAUGUUCGGUCCUGGUUCCCUGAGCAGAUGGUUGUGACCGAGGAGAGGAUACGAAAAUCAUUUCUACCCCGGCAAAUACAACAUCCAACUAAAGAGGACAACCCGCAUUUAUAA